AUGCCUCCAAAGCGUAAUCGUCGAAACAUCAGCGGUAGUGAAGAGAACGACGUUCCUAUCAAGUCUCAGCAACGUAAUGACAUCCCUAAUGAUGAAGUUUCGAAGCAAAAAGGGAGGAAGAACCCGGCUGCCGAUAAACGGAAAGGCAAGAAGAAGCCCAUGGGUGAUUUCAAUGUUGAUGGGUCUGACGGAGAAGUCAGUCAGGUUUCGAAGGAUACAGAUGAGGUAAAAAAAGGGAAGGCCUUCAAGGGCAAAAAAGAUCGUAAACGCUAUGACCAUGAUGAUGAUGUCCAGGAGCCCCGAGAAGUCAAGGAUGAUGAGACGGAGUUCAAGUCGGUUGGAAAGAAGCAGAAAGGAGGUAAGAAGAAAGACGUAAACUAUCGCAGCGAUGAGCCCAAGGACGUUGUUACUACUACCCACACUCACUGUGGCUUUGAAAUAAACGAACCUGAUGCAGAGGAUGAUCUAGACGAAGACUUUUAUAAGAAGAAGCGGAAAUCGGGUCGUGGAGGGAAGGUCCAAGAAACUCAACAGCAACAGGCUCCUAAAAAGAAAGGUGGUAAAAAAUGGCAAAAGGGUCAUCGUGGUGAUGAUUGGGGGGACUCUGAAGAAGAAGAAAGAAAAUUGGCAGAAAAGCUAGCGGAUAUAGGGCUUACGGUCAAUGAAGAUGCUCAGGUGGAUGAGUAUGAUAUGAAUCAACCCAAAAAGAGAGGAAAACAGAAGAAAAAUAAGCGAUCUGAAGUUCCCCUCGAACCUAAAGACGAAUCUAGAGCGGAGGAUCUGUCCUCUUCUGUGGAACGUAAUGCAAAGCAAUCAGAGAAGGGUAAAAAGAAAAGAUUUGCUGAAGUAGAGGUUAAGGAGCCUAUUUCAAAUGCUUCAGAGGCUCUCGUUGAUGCUAAACGAAGUAAAGCGAUGUCAGAAGAGAAACAGCAGAAUGACUCGAUGGAACCUGGAUUGUUGGCAAAGGAAGAGAAGAAAGAGUCUGAAGUUGAGCCAGUAAAUGUGGCGGUAGGAGAGGUGCUUCAGGGAGCUGCAACCGAGCCCAUGAAGGUGCCAAAGUUGUCAAAGAAAGAGAUGAAGAAGCAGAAGAAACGCGCUGACUUCGCCAAAUUGGUAGAAAUUGCCAAAGAAAAUACUCUAGCCAAUGCGGGCACUCUAGAUAACUUCUCCGUAUCACAGGCAGCAGGCAAGACGGUUCUAAAUGAGAAUCAGCUAGACAUUAAAGUCGAGGCGUUUUCGCUCUCUGCCAAAGGCAAAGAUCUAUUUGUGAACGCCUCCCUCCAGAUCACUCAUGGUCGCCGCUACGGUCUCUGCGGUCCCAAUGGCCAUGGCAAAACCACUCUUUUGCGCCAUAUCGCCGAACGAAAACUCGCCAUUCCCUCCAACAUUGACAUUCUUCUUUGUGAGCAAGAGGUCGUUGCCGAUGACACGCCUUCGGUUCAGGUGGUUCUUAACUCAGACACGAAGCGGCUAAGUUUGAUGCAAGAGUUGGAGGUACUGCGAGAAAAGGUUGAAACUUCGCACGAUGCGAGCGCUCUCGACCGCUAUAAUGAAGUGCAUGAAGAGCUAGUUGCUAUGAGGGCGGACGCUGCGGAAGGCAAGGCGCGCCGCAUCUUAGCUGGUCUCGGAUUCACUCCUGCGAUGAUGGAAAAGCCUACAAAGGAUUUAUCAGGUGGUUGGCGGAUGCGUGUCAGUCUGGCGCGGGCGCUUUUCCUUGAACCCACGCUUCUACUUCUGGACGAGCCUACCAACCACUUAGAUCUUAAUGCCGUUAUAUGGCUUGAUAAUUAUCUGCAGAGUUGGAAAAAGACACUUCUUGUUGUGUCUCACGACCAGUCAUUCUUAGACAACGUCUGCACGGACAUUAUCCACCUGGAUCAGCGGCAACUCUUUUACUAUCGUGGCAACUACGAUCGUUUUAAGACAAUGUUGGCGCAGAGAAGGCGCGAACAAAUGAAGGAGUAUGAGAAACAAGAGAGACGUUUGAAGGAACUAAAGCAAUCUGGAAUGAGUAGUAAGCAAGCUCAAGCGAAGAAUCAACGUGAAGCUCUCACUCGCAAGCAAGCAAGAGGAAAGGGCGCUCAGAACAACGGAGAAGGCGGAUCGUCUGACGCCAAGCAGCUGCUUGUGAAGCCAAAGGACUAUGUUGUCAAAUUUCACUUUCCCAAUCCCCCUCCGCUUAAUCCUCCAGUCCUUGGUCUCUUCAACUGCAGCUUUGGCUACCCAAAUCAGAAACUACUUUUCAAGAAUGUUAAUUUCGGUGUCGACUUGUCCACCCGUAUCGCAAUUGUUGGCCCAAACGGUGUUGGCAAAUCCACAUUUAUUAAACUUCUUACUGGAGAACUCACUCCUACGGAAGGCGAACGAAGGAUUAACCAUCGAGCCAAAAUUGGAAAGUAUGAUCAGCAUUCAGCGGACCAGUUGAAUCUCUCUGAAACUCCUGCGCAGUAUCUUAUGCGCCUGUUCAAUCUCACCAUCCAGGAAGCAAGAGGCACAUUGGGCAAAUUUGGAUUGGAUAGUCACGCCCAUACUAUUCCAAACGCCGACCUCUCCGGUGGUCAAAAAGCUCGUGUCGCUUUUGCCGAGCUCUCGAAACGUGCGCCCGACAUCCUCAUCCUUGAUGAACCCACUAACAACCUGGACAUUGAGUCUAUAGAUGCACUGGCGGAGGCUAUCAACAAUUUCGAAGGUGGUGUAAUUAUAGUGAGUCAUGACGAACGCCUAAUUCGUGACACAGACUGUAUUCUCUGGAUCAUUGAGAAUCAGGACAUCGACGAAAUUUGUGGAGAUUUUGAUGACUACCGGCGGGAGAUCUUGGAGGCCUUGGGCGAGGAAUUGGCGAAUCCGAGCAAAGUUGCAGCAGCUGCUGGAUGUCUAGAUUGA